CUUGGAGAAACUAGCUGCGAUAUCAGCUCAUAUGAAUGCAGCAUUGGCCACAUACACACUAGUUUGUGUAUUUCUGGAGCCGCCGAAACAUGUUCCUGACAGCCAUAUCAACAGUCACGAUAUAACACCAUCGUGAGCUGUCUGGCUUAGUCCUAAUCCCUCUCACUGCCCCAACAUUCGUCAAGUUCUUGUUAUGUUGAGUACUUCCUCUAUCACCGGCCAUAUCACCCUCGAAUCUGCGGGGCUUAUCGCUCUCGCCGACCUUUCCACUGUCGCAGUGAGGACAGCUUUGACGGGGACAGCCUCCUACCUUGACAUUCUUGUCCUUGCACCAGGCAUGCACCAGCAGCAAUCCGCCGUCAAAAUCAAUGACGGCGAAUUGCCCGAGGCUGGUUCGUUGACAACCGAAUACACCUUCCGAGUUGAGAAUCCCGCGACCGUAAGCUACCUACGACACAUUGGUCGUACUGGCAAACUCGUCACCGCAUGGGUAUCUCCAAAACGCUCCUACUACGAUCCAUUUGCGGAUCCUUUCUUUGCCAUGAAUCUAUCCCCAGAAAAUACCCCCUUCUUCGUCACCGGUGUUCCCGCGACUCUGCUAUACCUCCUUUGCCCACUAUUGACUAUCAUUGUCUUUGCGCUCCUGGGUGCUAUCGGGGAUUGGUGGGCAUUUGGAGUUUUGGGAAUGCUUGUAUUAGCGAGAUUCAUCAAUGUGGUCGUCAUAAAGCGGAGAAGUCAUAAACCUGGAUGGAAAGGAAAGAAGGAGCCGGGUGUACCCGGGGACUUCCUCAUACUUCUGAGCCAGGACCGCUGGGUGCGUUUGAGGGGGUCAGUGGACGAUCUCAAGGCUGUGACAGCAGGCCAGUGGUUACGGGGACAGACUUCAAUAGAAGGUUUCGCUACGCUGCUGGUCUACGCUGCUGCCGCUCUUGCAGGAAAUGCAUCGACGGUGGGGAGCUUGCACAUCGCAUGUUUGCUGCUUUGUUCUGCUGCUCUACUGAGCUUAUGCAACUCUUCGACACAAUGUUUGCAGAUGUUCGACCGUAUUGUGCGGAAGUAUGGGGAGGAGAAGGGGUAUAAGCGGAGGUUGGAGAUGGUAGAGGAACUCGUGCGUGCAAGCAAGAAGGGCGACUGGGCCGUUCAAAUGAGGCUGAUAAAACCUGAUGAAGUGGCGGCACUCCUCAAAUAGAAAGAAUCAUGUAUUCAUAACAUCCUUCAAAAUUGCAAGAAUAAGAUGACAGGUACACGGACUCAAGUAGUGGCCGAGUCAGAAGGCCGACCGAUAAGCAAAGUUCAAAGCAUGCGCGGAGAGUUAAGCGAAACAGUCUCAGGUACGAUGACCAGACGAAGGUGCGGAGAGUCGUACGCAACGUCGGCAAAGCGUGCGCG